GUUGUCCUAUUGGACAAAGAAGCACACGAUCCCGCCCAGGAAUUAUGGUGACGUCAUGAAAGGACAAAUUGGUUUAUCGCGAGGUCAUCCAGCCUCUCCGAGCAGCCGGCUGCGGUAAAGCGGAGGCGCCAUCUUAAGAGACUGAACCGUAGCUCCGCCACCAUGUACCCGACUUCUCUGACACAGCUGGCGAGGGCCAACCCGUUCAGCGCCCCUCUGUUCACCCUCCAGAAAGCGGAAGAACCCCAACACAGCCUCAAUGGACAAAGGCCUCGCAGACUGGCUGCAGCCGCGGCAGCAGACGAGGAUGUCAGCUGCGAGUUUGGCUCCUCCAAGUACUAUGCCCUGUGCGGCUUUGGUGGUAUCCUGAGCUGCGGCAUCACACACACCGCAGUGGUGCCCCUCGACCUUGUCAAGUGCCGUUUGCAGGUGAAUCCUGAUAAAUACAAGAGCAUUGGCAACGGCUUUGCAGUGACCGUAAGGGAGGAUGGCAUGAGAGGCCUGGCAAAGGGCUGGGCCCCUACCUUCAUUGGCUACUCCAUGCAGGGGCUUUGCAAGUUCGGCUUCUACGAGGUCUUCAAGAUUCUGUACAGCGACAUGAUGGGAGAGGAAAAUACCUACCUGUGGAGGACAUCACUGUACCUGGCUGCUUCAGCCAGCGCAGAGUUCUUUGCUGACAUCGCUCUGGCUCCCAUGGAGGCUGCGAAGGUUCGUAUCCAGACCCAGCCUGGCUACGCCAACACCCUCAGAGAGUGUGCCCCUAAGAUGUUUGCAGAGGAAGGACUCUGGGCGUUUUAUAAGGGUGUGGUGCCCCUGUGGAUGAGGCAGAUCCCCUACACCAUGAUGAAGUUUGCCUGCUUCGAGCGCACUGUAGAGAUGCUUUACAAGUAUGUUGUUCCUAAGCCCCGCAGCGAGUGCAGCAAAUCUGAGCAGCUUGUUGUCACCUUUGUGGCGGGCUACAUCGCUGGUGUGUUUUGUGCCAUUGUGUCACAUCCUGCUGACUCUGUGGUGUCUGUACUGAACAAGGAGAAGGGCAGCACAGCUGUCCAGGUCCUAAAGAAGCUGGGACCCAAAGGUGUAUGGAAAGGUCUGGUUGCCCGUAUCAUCAUGAUCGGUACUCUGACAGCCCUGCAGUGGUUCAUCUACGACUCUGUGAAGGUGUACUUCCGUCUGCCCCGUCCCCCUCCUCCAGAGAUGCCAGAGUCCCUGAAGAAGAAGCUCGGCCUCACAGAGUGACACUGCCCUCACCACCCCCUGCAGUCUUCAACUGAAAUUUCUAAAACACACACUGCAGUUUGUUCUGUCCUCGGCUCCACACUGAGCAAGAGACUGCUCCUUUUCUCCCUGAACGACCCGGAGAAGAAGCGACCUGUAUUGUUUUAUUGAUCCCCGUGUUAGAAUAAAUAUGUGAAAAUUCUAAUAAAAUAAAUUCCCUGGAAAAUA